AGCACAUCACAAAGACUGACCAAUUCAGGGAGCGUUCUGAUUGGGAGUCCGUAUAACCCAGCUCCAACAAUGGUCACACAGACACACAUAACAGAAGCUUCUGGCUGGGUCCCAGGGGACAGAAAGCGGACUCGAGAAUUUAUAGAAUCAGAUUUUUCAGAAAGUAAGAGAAGCAAAAAAGGCGAUAAAAAUGGGAAAGGUCUGAGGCAUUUUUCAAUGAAAGUAUGUGAAAAAGUUCAACGUAAAGGAACAACUUCAUACAAUGAAGUCGCUGAUGAGCUGGUAUCGGAAUUCACAAAUUCUAACAGCCACCUAGCUACAGAUUCGCAGGCUUAUGAUCAGAAGAAUAUUAGACGGAGAGUUUACGAUGCCCUUAAUGUCCUGAUGGCAAUGAACAUAAUUUCAAAGGAGAAGAAGGAAAUCAGAUGGAUCGGCCUUCCUACAAACUCAGCUCAGGAAUGUCAGAAUCUAGAGAUAGAAAAACAGAAGCGGAUUGAAAGGAUAAAACAGAAACGAGCCCAACUACAAGAACUGCUGCUGCAGCAAAUAGCUUUCAAAAACUUGGUGCAAAGAAAUCAGCAAAAUGAACAACAAAAUCAAGGCCCUCCAGCUUUGAACUCCACCAUACAGCUGCCUUUCUUAAUAGUCAACACUAGCAAAAGAACAGUUAUAGACUGCAGCAUAUCAAGUGAUAAAUUUGAAUACCUCUUUAAUUUUGAUAACACUUUUGAGAUUCAUGAUGAUAGUGAGGUGCUGAAGAGAAUGGGAAUGUCCUUUGGGCUUGAGGCAGGCAAAUGCUCAGCUGAGGACCUAAGAACUGCAAAAUCACUGGUGCCGAAAGCUUUAGAAGGCUACAUCACAGAUAUGUCUGCAGGAUUUUCAUGGAUAAACCAAGGGUUACUUUCAAGUUCAGCACAAGCAGUUUCACAUUUAGAGGUAGCAGGAGGCACUUCUGCUAAAUCAAGUGAGAAUCCAGGGUUGUGUUUGGAUGCUGAAGUGGCCUUAGCAACUGGGCAGCUUCUUGCCCCUAGCAGUCAGCAGUCCAGCAGUGCAACAUCACGCUACUCUGAAUCACGGGGAGAAACUCCAUGCUCAUUCAAUGAUGAAGAUGAAGAGGAUGAAGAUGAGGAUUCUUCCUCCCCAGAAUAAGGACAGUAGAAAACAGAAUAUACAAAAUGCUGCUCAAAUAUUCUGAAUGGGAGCUCCUGUUUGGAUUUUACUGAAGUUUCUUGCCUUGGUUUGCACUGCAUUCAGUGAAGUGAAACGGAAGCUUCAAAACAAAUUCAUCCACAGCCGAAUUGAAAACCUUUUGUAACUGAACACAGAGUGACAUGCAGACACAGAGCGAAGUGGGUUUUAUCAAUUAUAACCAAGGAGAAGAACAAAGUCCCUGGAGAUUGGCAAAGUAAACAUCAAGUUCACAUUUUCCAUUUUGGGACGUUCUGUCUCAAGUCUCUCUCUUCCCCUUAUCUUUACCAGACGG